CGUGGUCACAUGGCGUUGGUCACCUGACUGUGUGGAGAGCCAAACAACUAAAGAUGGCGGCUCACCUCUCAUACGGAAGAGUGAAUUUAAACAUUUUAAGAGAAGCAGUACGAAGAGAACUACGUGAGUUUUUGGACAAAUGCGCUGGAACCAAGGCCAUUGUCUGGGAUGAAUAUCUGACUGGACCGUUUGGACUCAUUGCUCAGUAUUCAUUACUGAAGGAACAUGAAGUGGAAAAGAUGUUCACACUCAAAAGUGGCAGACUCCCUGCUGCUGAUGUCAAAAACAUCAUCUUCUUUGUCCGUCCCAAACUGGAGCUUAUGGACAUCAUUGCUGAGAAUGUGUUCAGUGAAGAUAAACUCCAUUCCUCUCGAGACUUCCACAUUUUGUUUGUGCCACGACGGAGCAUGUUGUGUGAGCAGCGGUUGAAGGAGCAGGGAGUUCUGGGUUCCUUUGUUAACAUUGAGGAGUACAUCCUGGAUCUCAUUCCCUUCGAUGGAGACCUGCUCUCUAUGGAGUAUGAAAGUGCUUUCAGGGAGUGCUACUUGGAGAACGACCAAACUAGCCUUUAUCACACAGCCAAAGGACUCAUGACUUUACAGGCCCUGUAUGGAACUAUUCCACAGAUUUAUGGCAAAGGAGAAUGUGCACGUCAUGUUGCCAAUAUGAUGCUGAGAAUGAAGAGAGAGUUUGCAGGAAGCCAGAAUCAGAUCCUGCCUGUGUUUGACACACUGCUUCUCCUGGACCGUAACAUUGACCUGCUCACUCCUCUGGCCACACAGCUCACCUAUGAGGGUCUUAUCGACGAAAUCUAUGGAAUUAACAAUGGUUAUGUGAAAUUGCCUCCUGAAAAAUUUGCUCAGAAAAAACAAGGAGAAUCUAGUAAGGAUUUGCCCACCGACCCUAAGAAGCUACAGCUAAACUCGGCAGAAGAACUUUAUGCUGAAAUCAGAGACAAAAACUUUAACGCCGUAGGAGCAGCUCUCAGUAAAAAGGCCAAAAUUAUCUCUGCUGCUUUUGAGGAACGUCACAAUGCUAAAACAGUGGGUGAAAUCAAGCAAUUUGUGUCUCAGCUGCCUCACAUGCAGGCAGCACGAACCUCCUUGGCCAAUCAUACGUCUGUGGCCGAGCUCAUCAAAGACAUUACCACUUCUGAAGCCUUCUUUGAUAAUCUAACAGUGCAGCAGGAAUUCAUGACUGGGGUCGACACUGAUAAGGUUAACACUUACAUAGAAGAUUGCAUCGCUCAAAAAGACCCUCUGAUCAAGAUCCUACGUCUGGUGUGCAUGCAGUCUGUCUGCAAUAAUGGCCUCAAACAGAAGGUGCUGGACUAUUACAAGAGGGAGAUUCUGCAGACCUACGGUUUUGAACAUAUUCUCACACUUAACAACUUAGAGAAGAGCGGACUUUUAAAGCUGCAGACCAGCUCCAGGAACAAUUACCCCACAAUCAGGAAAACUCUGAAAUUGUGGAUGGAGGAUGCUAAUGAACAGAACCCCAAUGACAUCUCCUACGUGUACAGUGGCUAUGCUCCACUCAGCAUCCGACUGACCCAGUUCCUGGCCAGGCCUGGGUGGAGGAGCAUUGAAGAGGUUUUGAAGAUGCUUCCAGGACCACUCUUUGAGGAGAGACAACAGCUUCCUGCUGGGCUUCAUAAGAAACGUCAGCAGGGGGAGAACCGAAUCACACUGGUGUUCUUCCUGGGUGGAGUAACAUACGCAGAAAUCGCUGCACUUCGUUUCCUUUCUCAAAUGGAAGAUGGAGGAAUGGAAUAUGUCAUUGCCACCACCAAGCUCAUCAACGGUACAACGUGGAUCAAAUCCCUCAUGGACAAACCUAAACCUAAGACGCCCUGAGUCUCCUGCUCAAAAACCUGACAACAUCAAGCACGUGAAUCAUCAAACAACAUCAAUUUGUCUUUGUGUGAGAAACACAGGUGUCUAAAUACAGGUAUGAUGAGGCUCCUAACUUUAAGAUUCAGUCUGCUUUAUAAAUGUAGAUUUGAGUCUAGAACCUGCAAAUUAAAAAAAAAAUUUAAAAAAGUAAAAUCUAUUUCUGCAUCACGAAGACAACCCUUGCAUGUAACCUAAUAUUCACAGGUUCCUGAAUGGACAACGCAGUCAGUGUGCAUUUUCUGAUUUUGUACUUGGAUCCUCAGUGUGCAAGUCUGUGAUUUAGAAACUGUUCAUAUGUAUGUAUGGUUAAAAUCUGUGUUAAAUUAAAAUUAAAAAAUAUU